AUGGGCUCCCAAAAGACAGGAAGGUUCUCAUCAGGGGUCUCUCUGUCAUUGAAGACGGGAAAUAAGCUCAAGAGACAAGCCCUUUUCAUACAACAAAAAAAAGCCGUCGGCAAAGCCAAACAUGAGGAGCGACACCGUCGGCGCAGAGAAGAGGCCCAAGAUCCAGAAGCGAAGAGGAAGCGAUUAGCAGCAAAUCAACCAAACUCGAUAGACAAGAAGCGAGUCUGGGAUGAAGGCGACGAAGAUUCACUCUACGCCAGCAUCGACGUCGCGCAAGCGAAGCGCCGGAAGCUCGAGGCCGAGGAAGAGGCUGAGUUUGCCAAGCAGAAUGGGGCCGAAGAGAGUGCCGAGGACGAUGACGACGAUGUCGACAGCAUGCUCGGGUCAGAAGAUGAGGAUGCCGAAGAUAAAGAGGACUCUGAAGAGGAGACUGAAAGACAAGGAAGGAAACGAGCGCAGCGAGAUACAAGCCUGGCACCAUCUACUACGAGUACAAACUUGGAUCUCAGUUCUGCCGCGCUAAAAGCCAAAUUCCCCAAUCUCUUUUCCGACGAACCUCCGGCGAUUCCAAAGAUUCUCAUCACAACAUCUCUAAACUCAAAUCUUCAUGCAGAAGCGAAGAUAUUCGAGUCAAUAUUUCCCAACAGCAAUUAUAUACCAAGAAGCGGGCAUCGUUUCGCCCGAAAGUACAGCGUCAGAGAAAUAUCGAAAUUUGCGCACAACCGCGAGUACACCGCGGUGCUCGUGUUGAAAGAGGACUCGAAGAAACUCACCGGCGUGACGGUCGUUCACCUACCGGCAGGCCCUUCCUUAACUUAUUCCAUAAGUAACUUCAUUCCCGGGUCCAAGCUUCCCGGUCAUGGAAACCCCCAAGACUACUACCCAGAGCUACUAUUGAAUGGCUUCUCAACCAGUCUUGGUAUUUUGACAGCAGGGUCUCUCAUGCAUCUGUUCCCGCCGCAGCCAGAAAUUGCUGGCAGGCAAGUUCUAACUCUCCACAACCAAAGAGAUUACAUCUUUGUUCGGCGGCACCGCUACGUCUACCGAGACAAGAAGACUACCGAAAAAAGUGUAGACGGGGUGGACGGCAAGCCGAUUGCUGGCUUUGAGCAGAUACGAGUAGGCCUCCAAGAGCUGGGUCCGAGGUUCACCAUGAAGCUGAGGAGGGUAGACAAGGGCAUUGGUCGAGCAGGGAGCGAGGGGGAGGAUGCGUUGCAGUGGGAGUGGAAAGCCAAGAUGGAGAAGAAACGCACCAGGUUCAACCUGUAA